ACCGAAGUGAACAAUAACUAUUAAAGCCCAUUAUAGGAUAGAAGAAUAAGAGGAUAUAGGUUUGAGAUAUCUAGAGACAAAAAUGGCUUCAGUUAUAGUAGUGGACAGUGAAUUUAAGGACUCAGUUUUGGAGUAUGGACAAAUAAUUGAUGGUAUCAAUAAGUCCUACGACUUUUCUGAAAGUUUAAAGACCUUUUUCAAUAAUGAUGAUAUAAGUAAUAAGAAGGAAUUAAGUAAGAAAAUUGCCGAGUCAUCGUCUGCAUCCAACUUAACCAAGUUAAGUGAUAAAGAAUUCGAACCAACUUACAAUUUAAUCAUUUAUCUUUUAACACAACUUGAAGAACCAUUUACUUCUUAUGAACAAAUUUUCCAUAAAGAUAGUGUUAUCAUUAAAAACUUGAUUGAAUCGACCCCAACUGAAAAACCAUCAAUCAGAGAUAGAAAAGCCAUUAAAUAUACUACUAUAUUAUCAAUUUUCAAUACUAUUUUCAAUUUUUUACCGGAAACUUCAUCAACUAGAAUUUUUAUAAUUGAAUGUAUUUUAAAUGUUGUUGAAAAAUCAAACGUUGAAUUCACUUUUAUUCAAGAUUCAAUUGGUAAAAAUUUGGAUAACUGGUUGAAAAAUGCUAAUGCUUCAGAAUCUGAGAUCAAAUCAAUUUUUUGGAAAUUUAUUACCUUAGAUAAAUUACACUCAUUAAAAUCUUUACAGUUAAUUAAAGAAUUUACUUCCAAGUAUGCUCCUGAUUUGAAUGAAUUAUACGAAUUGAUCCAAUUUGCUUUAAAAUCUGAGACUGCUGAUGUUUCUUUCUUAAUUAAUAAUAAUGUUUCUAAAGCUAUUGCUGCAAAUAAAAAUGAUGAAUUGGUUAGUUUUUUCCAAUCCUAUGUUAAAGGUGAUAUAAUUAAAACUGUUCCUUCAGCAUUAAAUCAAUCAUCUGAAGAUAUCUUGAUAAAAUCAAAAAUUUUAUCAUUAGCAAGAUUUUUCAUUGAAAAUGAUAACAAUAAUAAAAACGUUUUCAAAUAUACUGAUAUUCCAAGUGAUUUGGUUACUUCAAAUCAAGAUUUUGAAGAAUUAUUGAUUACUUCAAUCAAAUCAGGUUUAAUCGAAGGUAAAUUAAAUCAAUUGGAUGAAUCUUUCCAUUUAACUAAGGUUAAAAGAUUUAUUAUUGCCGGUGAUGAAGAAAAUUUGGUUAAAAAUUGGGAAUACGUUAGACAAGCUUUAGUUGAUUGGAGAAUUGCCUUAGACAAUCUUGAUGAAAUUGUUAAUACUUCAAGAGAAGAAAUUGUUUCUAACAAUAGUAAUUAGAUAUUCUCUACACUUGAUCUCUUACGCUUAGUUUUAAUUUAAUAAAUCAUAUUAUAAG